AAAAAAGGCGAACGGAACCCGAGCCCUCUUUAAUCUUUGUAUACCCUCACGGAGCCUUUUCCACUCAUCCUACCAUCUCUCCCCCCCUCCUUCCCAACCCCCGCAACCUCCCCGUCUGACUCGGAAAUACCAAACCGAAUCCCCUCUCUUUCCCCCCUCUCCCUCUCCUUUACUCAUACUCUCCAUUAGAAUCUCUUCCUCGCGUUCGUCUCCUCCUCUUCUUCUAAUAAUGACGACGGAAUCGACGUCUAUAAAGAGCAACCAUAUGCCCCCCUCCCUCGUCUCCAAUCUUCAGAGCGUCCUCGCCGCCCGGCGAGGUGGCGGAGGCGGAGAGGACGGAGGUGAGGGCGAUGCCAAGACCAGCGAGGAGGAGCCCCAGGCGGCCCCGUCCUCCGCCGCCGCCGCCGCCGAGGAGUCAGAUGACGGAUCCAAGAAGCCGGUCGUCCUCGUGACCAACGGCGACGGGAUUGGCUCCCUGGGGCUCGCAGCCCUCGUCGAGGCGCUCGUCCGCGGCGGCCAGUGCGACGUCCACGUCUGCGCCCCGGAAUUGGACAAGUCUGCCUCGGGUCAUUCAGUCACCGUUCGCGAGACCGUUGCUGUGACUUCUGCAGGGUUUAAUGGUGCCACGGCUUUUGAGGUUUCUGGGACUCCUGCUGAUUGUGUCUCUUUGGCUUUGUCCGGUGCGUUGUUUUCAUGGUCCAGGCCAGCAUUGGUCGUCAGUGGUAUUAACAGGGGAUCAAAUUGUGGCCAUCACAUCUUCUACUCGGGUGCUGUUGCUGGAGCUAGAGAGGCUUUACUAUGUGGAGUACCUUCACUUGCAAUCUCAUUGAAUUGGAGGAAGGAUGAAAGCCAGGAAAGUGAUUUCAAGGAUGCAGUUGAAGUUUGUUUACCACUAAUACAUGUGGCCAUUAGGGAUAUCGAAAAGGGACUUUUCCCAAAAAGUUGCCUGCUGAGCAUAGAAAUUCCUACAUCCCCUUCUACAAACAAGGGCUUCAAGCUGACCAGGCAGAGUCUAUGGAGGUCUUCUCCUAACUGGCAUGUGUUAUCAGCAAACAGGCAUCCUUCUGCUGGGCAGUUCAUGUCUAUGCAUCAAAGCCUUGGAGUACAGCUUGCACAGCUUGGCCGAGAUGCCUCUGCAGCAGGAGCAGCUCGUCGCAUUACUGCUCAAAGGAAGAAUGUGGAAAUAGAAUCAGUUGCAGCAGCUGGAAAACCUGAGAAAAGAGAGGUGGUGAAGAAGUACUUCCGUUUAGAGUUUCUUGAGAAGGAGCAAGAAGAAUUAGAUGAAGAUCUUGAUUUUAGGGCUCUGGAAAAUGGCUUUAUUGCUGUAACUCCUCUACAUUUAAACGUCCAUGCGGGGUCUGAGAUCCAAGCCUCUGUUUCGGAGUGGCUUGCCUCAGCUCUAACAGGAGGUGGAGAUGCUCUCUGAGGCUGACACGAGACAUUAGUUUAACCUGUAUACUGUUGUAGGUGGUUACUUUGUUUUCUGCCCCAUGGUCAAGGUGUCACGUUUAAUUCCAAUUUGUGCUCAAUCCAUUUUGUUCGUUCAUUGUUCUCUGCAACUGAAGAAACCCAUGCUUCAUCCAUUACAUUAGUAGAAUCAGCAGUUGGCCGCAUGGGUUCCAAUUUUCUAGUCACCCUGCCUCUUGUUAGGUGUGUUUCUUGUCUGGAACAAAUGGCUUCUAUUCUGAAUUGUAAAGGGAGGUGUGGGGUGUUGUGGUUUUGAUUUGUUUAGAUUGGAGAUGGGCAGCUCUGCCUGGAUUUUUUUUCCUCCUUAAUGGAGUCUUUUUAGACAUAUUGGUG